CCUCAGUCACACACGGACUCUCAGGUGAUUUACCCUGAACCUGUCUCACCUGUCUGACUUCACCUGGCCGUCGUCGUUCUGAGGACUCGCUCAGCAGCAACAACAUGGAGUCACGAGAGGAGGAGCCUGAUGAGGAAACACAGAGAUCGUUUCUGAAAGCCAAAGCUGCUGAGAGCAUCCGAGCAGCCAACAGCACGACAGAUGAUACGACCUCUGCGACCACGGCGACAGCUGUGAGCGCCACGUCUGCUGCAGACGGUCGAUCAGACGACGAGGAAACGGGGGACAAACCGCUCAUCUCCACGCCACGUACAGAGCGGUCAGCAGAUGAGGAGGAGGAAGAAUGUGGGGGGCCAAUAUCUGUUGGAAAUGAGGAGGCUGAACAAGGCGAUGCGUGUAAGGAGGAAGACGAGGAGGCAGAUGAACUGCAGCAGGUGUCUGAUGCCCAGCCAGGCGGUGGCGACUCGGAGGAUAAAUCACUGACAGCCACGAGACAGAGACCGGCUCCUCCCAGCACUCUAGCUUUGACCAGCCCACCACAAGCGAAGAAGAAAGUCCUGGUGGCUCCGACUCUCAGUCUGUCAUUAGGUCGCAGCGGCUCCAUGGUCUCUGAUGACCUGCCUUCUGUCUUCCUUUCCCCCUCCCCUGAAGAUGAAGACGACCAAGCACUCGACUUUGAUCUAGAUGCUCUAGAGACGCCCUCAGACAGCGAAUCGCUGCCCUUCCCAAUGUAUGACCUGGACCUGGAAGAUGACCUGCGGCGUCUUGGUGUUGCCUCAGGCCACCACAGAGGUCACAGCUCUGACCCACAGACUGGUUGCCUGAUGGAAACAGACCAGAGCGGACUGGGUUUUCUGGAAAGGGAGGAUGUGGUGGACAGCCAUGGCACCAGGUGGCGCUGUUUCACUACAGGUGACCCUCCACAGGAGAGCCGGGUCAAUAUGAGCGUCCUGGAGCCGUUCCUCAGGGUGCUGUCUCAUGGAGGUUACUAUGGAGAUGGCAUGAAUGACAUCAUCGUGUUUUCCUCCUGUUACCUGCCAGAAAACUGUCUGGAGAACUACCAGUAUGUGAUGGACAAUCUGUUCAGGUUCGUGGUGGGCACUCUGGAGCUGAUGGUGGCGGAGAACUACGUGAUCGUGUAUCUCUGUGCUGGAGGUCAGAAGGACAAACUGCCAGGAAUCAGCUGGCUCAGAGAAUGCUACACCACCAUCGACCGCAGGUUGAGGAAGAACUUGAAGGGUUUCUAUGUGGUUCAUCCCACCUGGUACAUUAAAGCUCUCAUCACCAUCAUCAAGCCCUUCAUCAGCACCAAGUUCAGCAGGAAACUUCAGUUCAUCAGCAGCUUAAAGGAACUUUCUAACGUCAUCCCCACUGAGCAUGUUCAGAUCCCAGACUGUGUCAAGCAGUAUGAUGACAGCCUGUCCAGGUGAGACUCCAGGUGGCGCUGCAGAGUCACGUACAUGUUUCUCUGACAUCCAGCAGGAUCGUAUGCACUGUGUCAGCAUUUGGGCUUCCUGAGAGAAUCGCCGUCACUUCAAGACUUCUAACUUUAUUGACAGUCUGUGUGGUGAACAGUGUUAAUGGGUCCAACAUCUUUAUGCUGUUGCAGUAUGAGCCAGGAAAGAACAAGUGUCCCCUCAGAUACAUGACUUCAUUUUAACUGAAACAUUUCCCACAGUUACAACCUGGUUCGUAGAACUUAUUAUUAGGACAAAAGCACAAUGAUGUAAAAUGAACAGCAGGUUCAGUGCGUCCUCAGAACAACACGCCAACAUUCAUACAAAAAAGUGUUUUUGAGCCAGAACUGUCAGAGAUUUCAACGUUGGAUAUUCUGAAUCAAAGGGUUUUAUUUUAUAAAUGUGUUUUUAAGGUUUGUAACACAUUUCCUCCAACUUUCAGUGUUUUCUGUCAGAGUUGAACCUUCAACCGUGUCUGCAGUCAGGGUUGCCUUACAGUGCUGCUAAAUAAACUCACAAUAGCUCCACAA